AUGCCCGUCGACGGCGCGCGCGCGCCGACGCGAUGCGAAGUGUGCGAUUGCGACGUUCCCGCGCGCUUGAUGCCGACGCACGAGCGCGGCGCGCGGCAUCGCGCCAAGCUGCGGACGCGCGACUCGUUGACCUGGCGAUGCGUCGCGUGCGAUGCGUCGAUGCCCGCGCGCGCGCGGUUCGAGCACGAGCGCACGAGGGCGCACCGCUCGAACGCGAGAGACGCGCGAGACGCGCUGUUAGGGGCGUAUCGAUGCGACGUGUGCGACGUGGACGUGCCGGCGUGCGGACGAGAGGAGCACGAGCGCGGCGCGAAACAUCGAGCGGCGACGUUUCGACGAAGCGCGGAGGCGGGCGCGGAGGCGACGCCGAAGGAGACGCUGGUGCCGCGAAAGAUCUCGUCGGCGUCGGAUUUGAAAAGCGCGUCGGUGGUGCUGAAAUUGCCGAUCGAUGCGGGGGAGAAGGUGACGGUUUUGUUCGGCGCGUUCGGGCUCGCCCGAGACGAUUUGGGCGAUCGCGUGUUGGAGGAGCCGACGCUGAAAACGUUCGAGGGAGAGGUGAAGGAGGGAGGAAUGCUGGAGGUGGAGAACGCCGUGUGUUUGAGAGAUGAUUGGGCGAAGGAUUUGAAGGCGGGGGUGCACGACGUUUCACUCGUCUUCUCGUAUCGAACGUAUCAAGACGACGUCGAGUCGGGCGAGAUUACGCUCUCGGUGCUCGUGCUGCGUCUUCGAGCGAGGGAAAGCGCGCAGGAGAGCGCGGAACGAAUCGCGCUCGGGCCGACGAGCGCGUUCGCGUAUCCGAAACAGCAGAAAAAUUCGAGUUUGGUGAAGGGGUCGAAGAAAGUCGUCGAUCCAGGCCCUUCGAAAGAGGUUUUAAACGCGAAGACAAAGUUCUUCUGGCCGGCUCCGCUUUCCGUUCCCAUGGCUGACAUUCGGAAAGCGCUCGACGGCGAGGAACCACAGGCAUCUUCUGUUACUGAAAUGCUAGAAACCGGACAAAAGUAUCUCUCGAAGACGAAUUACGCUCAGUUCUUUCGUCAGCUGCUCAUGAUGGAAGAAGUGCAGGCGACCAAAAACGUGAGAUUGUACGAUAUGCACAACGUCGCGCUCUCGCAGACCAAUUCCAAAGCCAUGUAUAGACUUUUCGUCCCAGGCCUCGCUGAAGCUCGUCCAUCGGUGCUUCGUGGCGACUCGAUCAUCGUCGAUUUGUCCACGGCUAAAAGCUCAUUUCGAGGGAAAGUUGAAUUCGUGGAAGCUGAGCACAUCGUGUGCCGAUUCCAUCCUGGUUUCACGAAAGCAUACAUCAAUGGGGUCAAGGCUGACGUGUCGUUUGAAGUGUCGCGCACCGCGAUAGAACUCAUGCAUGGCGCGAUUAAAGACUCUCUGAAAUCUUCGUC